AUGCCAUCAGCAUCCUUAAAACCCCAGAUUCUGCCUGUGAGCUUAAUGGAGAGACCUGUCUGCAAGAUUGUGCCAAGCAGACCCCAGUCCCGCUGCCUCCUGCUGCCACUGGGACUGGAGCUCUGGGGCUGUGUCCAGAAAAUGCAGGACCUGCAGAAGAAGAGAAUGGAGGCAUCCUGCCUGGAGCUGGCCCUGGAAGGAGAGCGCUUGUGCAAGGCUGGGGACUUCAAGGCUGGGGCAGCCUUCUUCGAAGCAGCAGUGCAGGUGGGAACAGAGGACCUGAAGACUCUCAGUGCCAUCUACAGUCAGCUGGGCAAUGCCUAUUUCUACCUGAAGGAGUACUCCAAAGCCCUGGAAUACCAUAAACAUGACCUUACCCUGGCCAGAACCAUUGGGGACCGCAUUGGAGAAGCCAAAGCAAGUGGCAACCUUGGGAACACACUGAAAAUACUCGGACAGUUUGAGGAGGCUGUUGUUUGUUGCCAGAGACACUUGGACAUUUCUCAGGAGCAGGGAGACAAGGUAGGUGAAGCCAGAGCACUCUAUAAUAUAGGAAAUGUUUACCAUGCAAAGGGAAAGCACUUAUCUUGGAACAUGGCCCAAGACCCAGGCUACCUGCCUCAAGAAGUCAAGGAGACCCUACAGAAAGCUUCAGAAUAUUAUGAGAGGAACCUGUCCCUGGUGAAGGAGUUGGGGGACAGAGCUGCCCAGGGCCGUGCUUAUGGCAACCUUGGCAACACCCAGUACUUACUUGGCAACUUCAGUGAAGCUAUAGCCUUCCACAAGGAGCGCCUCGCUAUUGCCAAGGAGUUUGGGGACAAGGCAGCCGAGAGGAGAGCCUACAGCAACCUGGGCAAUGCACACAUCUUCCUUGGGAGGUUUGACAUCUCUGCUGAGUACUACAAGAAAACACUCCAGCUUUCCAGACAACUCAAAGACCAGGCAGUAGAAGCUCAAGCAUGCUACAGUCUUGGAAACACAUACACACUGCUUCAAGACUAUGAAAGAGCCAUCGAGUACCAUCUAAAACACCUGGUGAUAGCACAGGAGCUGGGAGACAGGGUGGGAGAAGGAAGAGCCUGCUGGAGUCUCGGAAAUGCCUAUGUCUCCUUGGGGAGCCAUGAACAGGCUUUGCACUUUGCAAGGAAACAUCUUGAAAUCUCCCAAGAGAUCGGGGACCGGAGUGGUGAGCUGACAGCACAGGGGAACAUGGCCCAGCUCAGGACAGCCCUCGGCUUGGGCCCUGGUGAGGAGGACAUGGGGACAGCUCAUCACUAUUCUGGCUAUGAAGCACAAGGAGCCAGGCCAAAGAGACUCCAAAGGAACAGCAUGGACAGCUUAGACCUCCUGAAGUUCCCUUCUGAAAAGGACCAGAAUGGGGACAGCCAUCAUGUGGGAGACCUGAAGAUCUCAGGGAAGGAGUUCUUGUCGUUGCCUGCGAGGUCAAAGAAAUACCGGGAGCACCACUCCAGCUCGGAGAGGAAGCCCCAGGGGUCAAGUACAUCACCACUGGAUGCCAGCGAAGUCCGAGUCCAGGUCUCUCAGUCGAAGAUCAGCCGGAGCCCUUCGGAGGAGGAAUGUUUCUUUGACCUGCUGAGCAAGUUCCAGAGCAACCGGAUGGACGACCAGCGCUGCCCGCUGGAGGAGUGCCCAUCUGAGGCUGCAGAGGCAGCGGCCACAGCGGUCCCUGCGCUGGGAGAGCGCAUCUCACAGUCCUCCCUGAUGGCAUCUCCGCAGACAGAGGAGUUCUUUGACCUCAUUGCCAGCUCCCAGAGCCGGCGCCUGGACGACCAACGAGCCAAUGUGGGCAACCUGCCUGGCCUGCGGAUAACCCAGAACAACCUGGGGCACCUGCGUGUGGAGGGGGAUGCUCAGGAGCCUGGGGAUGAGUUCUUCAACAUGCUCAUCAAGUGCCAGUCUGCCAGGAUCGAUGACCAGCGCUGUGCCCCCCCGGACUCCAUCCCCCGUGGCCCCACCAUGCCUGAUGAAGACUUCUUCAGCCUGAUCCAGCGCGUGCAGGCCAAGCGCAUGGAUGAGCAGCGGGUGGAUCUGGCCUUGGCACAGGAGGCGGCAGAGGAGCGGCAGCGCUCUGGGUCCAGCUAAGGGCUGGGCUGGGGCUUGGGGGGGCUGCUUUGGUUUCAUUUUGUUCCUCAUAAAGAAGUGUGGGUGGUUUCGAACCCCGGCUCCUGCACGGCCACAGCCUGUCCUGCAGCUGCAGCUCCAGCACUGCCCGGCUGCUCCCAGAGGUGCUGCAAGAGGCCCAGUGGAUGGGGGAGUUUUUAAACACGGGGUUUUAUAGGACACACGGACCCUGUAACACCGGGCACAGCACGAGGGAAGGCAGCUGAGGCAGCCCCGUUGCUCAUCACCUACAGUCCCAGGAACUUGUGCUGGCAGCCAAGCAGGAGCCCAGCACCAGUGGUUUGCUCCAGCCUCCAUCCCUUUAUUUCCACACUUUAAUCGGGAAGGGAAAAGCAUCUUUUCCAGUUUGAAGCCUUCGUGUCUCGCCUGCAUCACGAACUGCUCCGGAUUCUUCCCUGGACCUUCUUGCUCAGCUUUGUUCCUGCUACAGGAGGAAACAAGCCCAAGUGAGAGGACAGCUCAAGACAACCCCCCCAGCAGCCUUGGGCACAGGUUUGCUGAGGACUCUGCAGUGAGCCCUGUGCCAGCCCCUCAGCCUCCCCAGGCCCUGCUCACCUCUCGAGGACAGCAGCACAGCCCCACGGCAGGGCCUGGGAAGGGGCAGGGGGCUCUGCCCAUCGGUUCAGGGCACACAGGGGCACCUCCUUGCUGCAGCGGAAGCCAGCGAAGCCUUCUGGCCCUGGCUUGGCAGAAGAGGGAAGCAGAACCUCCCCCUCCUCCCUCCGUGUCCCACAGCAGCCAGGGGUAAGGACCUGUUCCUCCCCAGACCAGCAUGGAGCCUCUCCUGGAUCCUGUGGAGCUUUUCUCCUGUUCUGACUCCAAUGAAUGGAGCCUCACAGAGCUCCAGACUCGGGUGCAGGCUGGGAAGUCAGUUCCACCCCACACACAACUGCCAGAGUCCACCUUUACUUCCAUUCCUUCCCCUUUCCGAACAGCUGGAGAAGCCCAGUGAGGAAGGGAGCUGGGACCUGACUUCAGGACAUGGAGUGUUGUCUUUUCUCUUCACCCCCUUGGACUUCAGCAGCUCCAGCACCAGGUUCUGCCCCAGCAGAGCUGCUCCUGCAGAGAACAAAUCAGCACUUUCUGUUUGCAAUGCGGGUGAUGGAGACGUUUCCCACCAGCAGCAGCAAUUCCAGCCCACAGACACUGCUCAGGCUCUCACCAGCCUGCACUGACCAUGGAGCUGCUGCCGGGGAGCUCAGAGCAGGGGCCUGGGUUGUGGCUGUGACUGUGCUGACCUGGAACUGCCCACGAGGCUUCCCGAGGUGUUGAUUAUUUGCCAUAUACUUGAAUGUAUGAGCUUAUUUAUUUUUUACCUGUGCAUUUGCUAAUGUCAUUUUCAGGGGGAAUUUCACCCCCAGGUACUUCCUUUUUUUUUCUAAAAAAUAAUCUGCCAAAUGAAUUAAUAUAUUAGAACUGGAUAAAGCUCAAGGGGAGGGUUGUGCUUAAUAAAUAUUUGUGUCGAAGCUUCAAUGACCAAG